GCCCGCAGACACUCGGGCGCGCCCCGGGAGGGGUCAGGGAGGAUCUGGCCGGCGGCCCAAGCUCCAGUCACAGAGCCGCGGCCGUGACUCUGCCCAGUGACGUGGGGCGGCCGAACUUUACGUAACCCGCCCGGCACCCCACGCGUGCCCACACAGUGCACCUGGGGCGCAGGGGGCCCAGGUUCGGGGAGGAGCUGCAGUCAUGCCAAUCCCCCCAGAGGGACGUCUGCUGCAGCCCACUCUAUAGUGCUCACCUCUGUAACCCAGAUAAUGGUCAUGACACUGUGGACGAGGCCCUCUGGCUGUCCCAGGUCCCUUUAACCUAGAGCUUACCCUUGCUGGAGGCAGUAGGGCUCUUGGGCAGGGAGGCCAAGGGUGAAUGGCCAGGGCUCAGGUUUGAGGCUUGGGACCCAAGGUGGAGGUAGGGUUUUUAAACUGGGGUCUGCAGUGUAUGGAACGGGCUUCAAACAGAACGCAGGAGACCUAGGCUCUUGUCCUGGCUCAGCCUGACUUGGUGACUGACCUUGGACUAGCUUGUCCCCCGUUGAAAAGAGCUCAUUCCUAGUGGGCAGCAAAAUUGUGGAUAAAAGAGCCAGAGGCACUUCCCAACUCUGGCUGCGGGCGGGCGCACUGCCAGCCCUGGGCCACCACUUUCUUGAUGAGGUUUGGUGUGUUAGAGUGAAUACCUGCAUCUACAGAACCCAGGGCUGCCUGCAGGAACCAGUUGGAAGGACCUGGCUCAGGUGUGAAAGGAGCUCUUUUUGAAGGUUCCAGGGCUGCAGAGGGUUGGCACACGGAAGGCUCCAGCAGAUCCAGCCUUCUCUAGCACAGGCAAGAGAGGAAGUGCAGGUGCAGAAAUUCAAGAAUGGUUCUGGGCCCAGGAGAGAAUAGAGCUGGGGGCAGUGACUGGCAGAGCCGAUUCACUUGACCCUACUUCGUCUCACAGGUUGGUCUGGGUGGUGUGACCCAUGCUUUGAGACUCCCAGAGGCCAGCAUGCCGUGGGACACCAGGCCUGGACGCAGCGCCAACGGAGGGCCCGAGGGUCCCGGCGCAGCUCGCUUGCGGGUGCAGAAGCAGUGCCGGAAGUCAUCCUUUGCCUUCUACCUGGCAGUGCGAGAUCAGCUGCCAGUGUGGCUACUCGAGGACAUACGUGCCAGCGAAGCCUUCCACUGUGACGAGCGGGGGCGUGCUGCGGCCUAUUCGCCAUCAGAGGCUCUGCUCUACGCGCUCGUGCACGACCACCAAGCCUAUGCUCACUACCUGCUAGCUACCUUCCCACGGUGUGCACUCGCCCCACCUAGCGCAGGCUUCCGCUGCUGCACCGCGCCCGGGCCGCACGUGGCGCUGGCGGUGCGCUACAACCGCGUGGGCAUCCUGCGGCGCAUCCUGCGAACCGUGCAGGACUUCCCAGUGGAAGAGCGAGUGCGCCUCCUGGACCGGCGUGGCUGCAGCCGCGUGGAGGGCGGUGGCACGUCGCUGCACGUGGCCUGUGAGCUCGCACGCCCUGAGUGCCUCUUUCUGCUGCUUGGCCACGGAGCUUCUCCAGGCCUUCGAGACGGCAGUGGCUUUACACCAUUGGAGCUGCUGCUGCGCCAGCUGAACCAGGACGCCAGCUCAGUCCCCACUGAUGCUGAGGCUGCUUCUGCCACGGUCAAUGCUGCCACCGCCAACACCACUUCGUCUGGGGAGGUGUGUCAGCGUCGCCUGCUGCUGCUUGACCUGCUAGCACUGUACACCCCGGGGGGCGUCGUAGGUCCAGCUCGAUGUGAACUGCUAGGAGACCAGCUACGCUGGCAGCGGUUGUUGGGUGAGGACAAGUUCCAGUGGCUGGCAGGGCUGGCGCCACCCUCCCUCUUUGUUCGUGCCAUGCAGGUGUUGGUCACCACUAUCUCACCUGGCCGCUUCCCGGAGGCCUUAGAUGAGCUGCCUCUGCCAUCGUUUUUGCAGCCCUUGGACCUCACGGGCAAGGGCUAGACUCAGGGGACCCUGACACAGUAUAUGGGGACAGAAGUAUUUUUUUGAGAACAUUGUACUUGGCACUUUACAUAUAUGGAUCGCUGACUGUA